AAAUUCUACAAAAAGACAUUGUAGUUGUCAGAUUCCUGUCAAAAUUUUCGUGAAAAUGGAUCACAAAGUGCCCGAACCCCGUGGAGUCCCUCUGGGUCAACAGCGCCUGUGGGCCUACACCAUCCAGAAAGAAGACAAACUUCGCCUCAAAUGGUUCAAAAAGAACGAAAGUCGCCUGGACGAGAUUGCAAACAAGGUAUUUUUGAGACAAGUUCCUGAGGAAGUGAGAGACGAAAUGAAGCAGAGGACGAUGAAUUGCUUAAAAAACGUGGAGCAGAAGCACACGGUUGUGAAGGAGGAGGAGCCGCCGAUUGUGGAGGAUUCGGCGCUCACCAACAUCAUGAGGCCCGUCCCGAAGGAAGUGAAGGAUUUGUUGUACUCGAGUACCAUGAAAGACGGGAGGAUGAUGUACUUAAAGGAGAGAUACCAGGUAAUACCCGAACUGCGGUACUAUUUCCCAGAGACGACGAAUUUCCAAUAUGGAUGGAACAUGUGGGAUAUGGAUAGAAAGACGGGAGGGAGUCCGUUUGCGAGGCAACAAGUCAUAAGAAAGUCAUUCUACAGAAGAAGAGGGGUAAAGAGAGACCCGGAGUGGUACAAAGAACCGGCGAAAUUGAGCCCACAAGUGUGCGGGCAGAUUUAGAAUUACUACCAUGAGUACCGUUGUCUUUGUGUGUUGGUAGCGUUAAGUCCAAUUUU